GAUGGUGCAGCAUCGUUCGUGCUGCGUUGUCCGCUGCGUCGUGCUUUUCGGCAAUCGAACUGCGAUGGUGACCGCGUGUGCCGUGUGCCAAUGAGAUGGAACGAACCCAAAAGCAAAAGUGACCACCAGCUCCCUCAAAGAAGGUCGCUGAAAAGUUGAAUAAAUAAAGUGUCCAAAAAAGUGGUCCAAGGUUUUUGGAAAUUUUUGCCUUCCAUAUUCUGCCUUGCCAUGCGAUUGGCCGGGCAGUGAAACAAGUGCAGUAGAAUAGCCCGACAGUUGGUUUUGUUGGUGUCCUGGCGAAUCUUGAUUGCAAUUACCGUAAGGAAGGUGUGCUGAGCUAGUGCUGAGGAAGAAAAAUGCCAACGAAUGUGUAAAGGUCAUAUUCGAUCCUUGAGCGCGACACGAUUGUUGACGAUCGAUCGACGACGGGUGCAGAAAGUGCAGCAAGUGCAUUUUACCUUCACUCCAUCGGUGUGUGUAUGUGUGUGUGUCUGUGAAGCAGUGAUAGUUGUUGUUUCCCGUGCCGUUUAGCACUUUGUCGUAGUGAGCCGCUUAUUAUUGAACGGUGUGUGAAAAUGUGAUUAGUGCCAACCCUCCUGGAACACUGACCCAGGGCACAAGUGGGACCGAGUGUGAACAAAACACAAGUACUGUGCGUCCUCGUUAUGCUCCGGAAUCGAUAAUUAUGUCGCGCUGUCAUCGGACCCUAGCAGUCCCAUUCGCACCAGUCGAUGGCAAUACAAAUCGGAAGACGAUCGCCGCUGUGCCGGUGAAAUGCUGCUGGCGUACCGUCGGCGUUGGGGCGUUGAGGUCAUUGAAGCACCCGAAAGCGUACUGCUGCCGGUGGCGCAUGAGCAGAACGAAACGAGUGCAAAUCCACCGAGUGCAUCGGAUCGACCGAUCACCGGAUCACCGGAAAUGCUAACCACCCUGUGACCGGCGGGCGUGAAGCAAUCUGUGCGGAGAUACGGAGCUUUUUUUUGCUCCCCCCGGGGGCGAGAAGCUUCAUGGCCAUUGUUGUUAACUCUUCGGCGUGGUAGCUUUGAAAUCGAGAUGACGCCACGCGGUCGUUAAGCGCGAGAGCGAAAGUGUGGAAGAAAAGUGUCGAUACGCGUAUGUUUGUGGAUGCCAGCACGUGUAUCACCCUUGGCUGGGAAAUCUGUUUACCGAACGCGGCUGGAGUCAAUAGACGAAAAACAAUCACUUGUCGCAGUCGCAAAGCACGCACAAUUAGUCGUGAAUUGAAGUGGCGGCCGUCCGUUGGUUCGUUGGUCCCAUUGGUUUUUCGCCGAGUGUUUGCCGUUUGUUUUCGUUGUUCCCUCGUCAAACAAAUGGAGUGUCAACAAACUGUGAUCGCACACGUAAUCUAACCCACAAACCGGAACCGUUCAGCAAAACGAAAGAAGUCAAACAAAACAACGGCAGACAAAAAAACACACACAAACGAUCAGUGCGGAAGCGAACUCCGCGACGCACACGCAUCGACAACAGCUGUUUAGCCGCAAAUGUUUAUGUGCCAAUGUUAGUAAAAGUUUUAAUUUAAAAAUAUCGCCUCUCGCGCGCUGCGAGGCAAAGGGUAAACAAGCGAAAGGCUGCGGGGAAGUUUGUGUGACAAAUUUUAUAUAGGAAGUAACGGCGGGCGGGAAGAACGGCCAGUAUAUUGGCCAGCAUUAUUUUUACAUAAACUGCACACGCCCCGACCAGUCACAAUGAGGAAGAUGGACGUGAACAAUGCAAAAUAUUUGCUCGAUUAUCUCUACUACACGAGAGAUGAUGAGCAGUUUCGUUUCUACAAGAAGUCAAGAUCAUCAAUAUUUCGCGGUGUGAUACUAUGUCUCUGCUUGAACCUUACCUUCGCCAACGUGGUCCGGUUCCCGCGGGAGCUCCAGCUGCACGGGUCUGCCUUCCUAGUACCUUACGUGAUACUGCUCCUUCUAGUCGGCCUCCCGGUGGUGCUGCUCGAGAUAUCGCUGGGCCAGUUUCUUGGCCAAGGUUCGGCGCACAUGUGGCGCGCUGCUCCCUUUCUGAAGGGUGCCAGUUUGGUGGGACGUAUUGCUUCGUGGCUGGCGGCGAUAUGGACAUCGAUGCAAUCCGUGAUUGCACUGCUCUACAUCGGAAUGCUAGCAUUCAAAUCUGUGCCAUUGCGGGAGUGCUCCAAAUCGGUUACGAUCAACCCGCAAGCCAUCUAUAAUGGCUACGACGUACAGCAAAGCAGUGGACAGGAAUGUUUGAAAUUAACAUUUCUCCGUCCAGUGUGGAGAAGCUCGCUGUACUUUGGCUUGCUGGCGCUGAGCCUGAUACUGCUGUGGGUCAUAUCGAUGGUGUGCACGCACAGCGGGAAAAUCAAUCGCCGAUCGAUCUACCUGUUCGGCUUUGUGGCGCUCGUAGUGCUGAUCUUCGAAACCGGCUGGGAAGUGACGAAAGCGAUCAACGAGCAAUACUUCCCCGACCUGUGGCCCUUCCAUCCGGAAUCGUUUGCGGACAGCACGGUCUGGUUCAAUGCGCUGGUGCAGGUGAUCUACUCGCUCAACAUCGGGUUCGGAGCGGUCCCGGUACUGACCGGCAAGUUCCUCUACAAAGGCGAUGCGAUCAAGACCUCGUUCGUGUACAUGUUCUUCAACAUACUCAUCACGGCGAUCGCGGUGUUGUUCUACGUGUUCCAGUUCAACAACAGCUUCACCGAAUCACAUCCCUUUUACCCGGAGCUGAGCACCCUGACCGUGAUUUACGAUCGGGCAAUAAGCGUGCAAGAGUCGGACGCAACGCUCCAGCGGCUCAUACCGGCGCUGUCCUUCACGAUGAUCUUCAUUUCGUCGCUCGUAUCGAUCGUGAUCUACGUUUACACCUCGACCCGGAUUAUCCGGAAGCACCCGAACUACACGGUCUGUCUCGCAGGGCUCGUGGUUGCCAUUGCCGGGCUGCUCUGUCCCAACUACAUCUUCCCGCGCAUCCUGGACACCCGCAUCGUAGGUUCGCUGGCCGUCUGUGCAAUGAUCUUCGAGAUCAUCCUCAUCAUCUGGGUGUACGGGUCGAAGAAUCUCUACACCGACCUCGAGUUCUCGCUCGGCCGGCCGGUCCUGAAGGCGUGGCUGUUUAUCUGGGGCUUCAUACCGGUGCUGCUGAUGGCGCUGCUUUGCUGGUGGUCGAUCACGUACUACGACAGCGAUCUGCUGAUCGACUACUUCCCCAAGUGGUUGCCGGUCGUGUUCAGCCUGUCCGUGAUCGUGCUGCUGGCCUGUGUCGAGAUCAGCAAGCAGGUGGACUACAACGUGUUCAGCAUGAUACACGGCGCAACGAAACCGUCCAAGGACUGGGGUCCAGCCGAUCCGCUGGUACGGCACGCCUGGAAGCAGUGGAAAUCCGUUUGCGAAGAUACGGGCGAGCGGGACUUUACGCUGCGCCGGCGCGGCACCAAAGACUACACCAACUCCAUCAAGAAGGGCCAGUACACGCACUCGCACAAGUACGGUGCGUCCUCCAACCGUAACCUUUCGACUGCCGGGAGCAAUUCGCCCAACUACAGCGGCUCGGUGUUUGGUGAUUCGGCCAUCGAGGAGGACAUGAGUGUGGAGAAGUAUCCGCACUACGGCAAACAUUCCGCCCAGCAGCAGCACACGACCGGUGCACACGUGGGUGGUGGGUAUGGGUUGGACACACCGCCCCCCUUACCACCGCUCCCGCUUACCGAAACUACCGACGACAGUUCGCCCCGCAUAUCGGCCAGCUCCCGGAAGUCUUCCCGGGCGACCGACCAAACCAAGCGCACGCCCAGCGAACGUAGCCAGGCGGAUCUGUUGCCCAGCGUGCGCAAAAGCUCGGACAACAGUUUCGGGUCGCGCAUCGACAUUAUGCCCACGGACGAGGAGGUGACGAACGCGUUCGGUCGCAGUACCGCCAUCGUGCGUAAUCCGCUUGCCAAAGCCGGCCACCAGAAUCAGCAGAAUCUAGCCGCACGGCACUAUCAUCACCAUCACCAGCACCACGGCAACGGUAUGGUGCCGGUGCACCACAGUGCCAAACCGAAUCCCGUGUCCUACCAUCAGGACGGGGGUGGAGCACCCAGGCACGCGGGUGGUGCGUCCACCGACACUGACCGACUGCCGGGAUACAAUCGGGACAUUUUCAUCAGCAAUGGGCACGCACCGACCGGUGGUGGUGGCGAUCACAUCUGCUGGCGGAAGUUUUCGAUCAACUCGGAAGAAUACUCGACGGAGCUGUAAAGUGGGGCGAUUAGAAGCGGUCGCAUUAACGUUACUGUUACAGGGUUUUUUUUUUUUUUGUUUGUUUUGUUCGUUUGUUCGUUUCGUAUCGUUUCGUUGCAUGCGCGUUUAACGUUUCGUUUGUACAUAGUGUAGACAGGUGCGGCUAGCGGCUGGACGAGCCCGAAACAAACACCGAAAAACACCUUGCCUCUUGUCUAAGGGAUAGGGUAGGCAAGGUGGUAGGCAAGGGACUGAUUUCAUGUGGGCAUGUGUUUUUGAUAAUAAGCAGGGAUUGAGGCAGAACUGACCGGUUUUGUGUAUGUGUGUGUGUGUGCGGGGUUCAGUGUAUUACUAUUUAUUCGAAUAGCAGAAUCCUCCUCAUUCGAACAAGGCGUGCAUAAGGUUAGAUUUGCAUGUCGAGUAGACAAUGGUUAAGCUAACUAAAAAAUAGAGAAGAAAAAAACGUUCCCCUUUCCCCCACUCCCCCGAAAGGGCGAUCUUUUCGAUGCCUCACCCGAUGAACUAUCACAAUAAAUUGAGCUUCAAUUUGUGCACUGAUUGUUAAGUAGUGUUUGUGUCAGCAGAAGGAUGAUGCUGAGAUGGGCAAACAACUGGGUUAAACUAAUAUAGCUGUGUGUUUAAGGGGAAUGGGAUUUUCAUGGGGCGCCCAUAUCUCCCAAUGGGCAAAAACAAACGCAAUUUGCGCACCUGAUGCUGAUGACGCAAAUAUGUUAUCCAAGAUGUAGUUCAAGGGAGCAUUGUACAUAACCGAUGGUGGUGAGCUGCGCAGCUGCCAGUUUGCGUAGGAACGAUAAAUAAUAAAAUGGUUACGUUGAAAGUAA